AGUAUAAAUGUGACGUCAUUUCCACUUUUCGUUCUCUGUUAAAUUCCGUUGUGCAGUUUCCUACACGAGGUUGUUUUCUCGGGAAAGUGGUCACGAUGUCCGGAAAUCUAGAUGUCCUUCAAAUGAAGGAAGAGGAUGUGUUGAAAUUCCUGGCUGCUGGAACCCACUUAGGAGGAACCAAUAUGGACUUCCAGAUGGAACACUAUACCUACAAGAGAAAGAGUGAUGGGGUGUUCAUCAUCAACCUUAAGAAGACCUGGGAGAAACUGCUGCUGGCAGCUCGUGCCAUUGUGGCCAUCGAGAACCCAGCCGACGUAUGUGUCAUUUCCUCCAGGAACACAGGCCAGAGGGCCGUGCUGAAGUUCGCCUCGGCCACUGGAGCCACCACCUUCCACGGUCGUUUCACCCCUGGAACCUUCACCAAUCAGAUCCAGGCCGCCUUCAGGGAACCCCGGCUUCUCCUCGUGACAGACCCCCGUGCCGACCACCAGCCUUUGACCGAGGCGUCCUACGUCAACAUCCCCACCAUCGCCCUGUGCAACACGGACUCUCCUCUGAGAUACGUGGACAUCGCCAUCCCCUGCAACAACAAGGGUCACCAUUCGGUGGGUCUGAUGUGGUGGAUGCUGGCCAGGGAGGUGCUGCGAAUGAGGGGCACAAUAUCCAGGGAACACCCCUGGGAGGUCAUGCCUGAUCUCUACUUCUACAGGGACCCUGAAGAGAUUGAGAAGGAGGAGCAGGCUGCCGCUGAGAAGGCUGUUGGGAAAGAGGAGUUCCAGGGAGAGUGGACCGCCCCAGCUGCGGAGUUCACCCAGCCUGAGGUGGCUGACUGGUCUGAAGGAGUGCCUGUGCCCUCUGUUCCCAUCCAGCAGUUCUCUGCAGCUGCUGCUCCCACCAAACCAGCCGCUGCUGCUCCUGAGGGUUUUACUGAGGAUUGGAGUGCCCAGCCAGCUACUGAGGAUUGGUCUGCUGCCCCCACUGCCCAGGCCUCUGAAUGGGGUGGUGCAACUGCUGAUUGGUCCUAAGCAAAACUGACCUGUUUGGUAGUACAAUAAAAAAAAAAAUUGUCAAA